AUAAAUUGAUCCAUGUAAAUAUACAAGAAAACUUACACUAAAGGCAAAACUUUCAAAAUAACAGUUCUUGCACCGGUCUGCCUAAAGAGUAAAGAUGGUGGAUAGCCUGCUCCUUCUACCUGCGUUUUCCUUGCUAGUAAUCGUCUUCUCCAUGGCGAUUAACGUCGUUCCAAGCGAAGCAGCAGCUUAUGAUCGUGUCGCUGACUGCCCGGUUUCAAACUGUAGCGACGCCGGCCCCCUCAUCAAGUUUCCCUUCCGUCUCAAAGACCACCCCCUUCAAUGUGGCCAUCCAGAGUUUGAGGUUUCUUGCUUAAAAAACAAGACAAUGAUUCAGCUCUCCUCAUCAUCAGGACUGUUUCCCAUCCAAAGUGUCAAUUACCGCAGGCGAACUUUCAGCGUCUACGAUGAUGAAGAGGGUUGCUUUCCGAGACGCCUUCUUAAUUUUACAAUCUCCACCACCUCGCUCUUCGAACCAAUACCUUCUCAGGAACCAAUACCUUCUAGCGAUCCCAGGAUGGUCAAUUCCGGGAUGUACAGCUACCGUUUCAACUGUGCCGAAUAUAAAAUUCAUCCUAGCGAUCUUCCUUACCCAGAUGGGUACCCAUAUGACCCUUACCCAUAUGGGUACCCAUAUGACCCUUACCCAUAUGGCAUGUAUUAUCCCCAGUUGGAGAAAUUUACGCUCUUGAAUUGUUCCACGACACAAACCUUGAACACGGGGAGCUCCUACAUACCAAUCACAUGUCUUAGUGUCGGACAUCAUCAAGUUCUGGCUGUUUCGCCAUCAGCUUCUGUCACGAAGCUGCCGUUCAGAACUUGCAGUACCUUGAAACAACUAGAGCUUCCGCUACGAAGAGUGGAUGAUGGCUAUAGUACUGGGAAUGACUGUGAGCCGGACAAUGUUUUACUGCUGAAAUGGAAAUUAAAUAGUUAUUUCCCGCAAUGUCAAAACUGUACAGAAGGAACAGGAUCGUGUGAAUUCAAUGACACCAGCAACCGGAUGGAGUGUCAUCCUUACCCUAUCGUUCGAGAUCCCCCACAAGCGCUACCAUUCCCAAAAGCGCCAAAACCAAAAGGUUGUCUAUCAACUCGGAGGUCGAUUAUUGUGGGAGCAAGCUUAGCUUCUUUUGUUCUAAUAUCGGCAAUGGCAGCAGUAGCAGUUUUCUUCUAUGUAAAACAAUCAAAGAGAAAACUGGAAAAGGAGAAUCAACUGAAGGUUGAAAGGUUCCUAAAGGAUCACAAAUCUCACGUACCAACAAGAUACUCCUAUGCCAAUAUUAAAAAGAUGACAAAUGGAUUCAAGAAGAAGUUAGGUGAAGGAAGUUUUGGAAGUGUUUACAGCGGAGAGCUUCCAACUAAUGGAGUUCCAGUCGCCGUAAAAGUCCUCAGUGAUUCGAAAGGAAACGGAGAAGAUUUUGUUAAUGAAGUGGGAACCAUUGGCAGAAUUCACCAUGUCAAUGUGGUUCGCCUACUUGGGUUUUCUGCUGAAGGAGGCAAGCGUGCGCUUAUUUACGGGCUCAUGCCAAACGGGUCCCUAGAGAACUUCAUCACAUAUAAAGAUCGAUCCAACAACACUUCGUUUGAUUGGCAGAAACUUCACAACAUUGUCAAUGGUACAGCGAAGGGAAUCGAGUAUCUUCACCAAGGGUGCGACCGCAUGAUCCUCCACUUUGAUAUCAAACCUCAUAACAUACUGUUAGACCAUGAUUUCAAUCCUAAGAUCUCGGAUUUUGGUCUUGCUAAACUCUGUUCCAAGGAAGACAGUAUCAUAUCUAUGACAGCUGCUAGAGGCACCGUGGGCUACAUUGCACCUGAAGUGUUCAAUGGGAACUUCGGGAGCGUGUCCCACAAGUCAGAUGUGUACAGUUUCGGUAUGCUAGUGCUUGAAAUUGUUGGAUCCAGAAAACAACCUGCUCUUACAUCUGGAACCAGUGAGGUCUACUUUCCGGAAUUGGUUUACAAUCGUCUAGUUCAAGGAGAAGCGUUGGAUUUGAAGCUAGAUACUGAUGAAGAUGCUCAGAUUGCUAAGAAACUAGUGACUGUGGCAUUUUGGUGCAUCCAGUGGUACCCGGUGAAUCGCCCUUCCAUGAAAGCGGUUGUUAGAAUGCUAGAAGGAGGCCUUGAAAACUUGAUGAUGCCACCAAAUCCAUUUGCUUCCACGAGUACUCAGACAGAUCAACCAAGAACAACACUGUCAAGUUAACUUGUCACACUAAUCAGUAGUGUCUUGCAUAUUUGUAAACGUAGCGCGAAAAUUAGUAUUGUAAGGGCUUUUCAAUUAAGUUUUACUAGCCAGUAGUUAAUAAAUAAGCACUUGUAUCA